CGCUGCACGAAACGAGACAACCCGAACAGCUCGCACGCUACGCCGUCAGCGGAAGCGCGCCGCCCGCAAAAAAGCGAGGAGAAAAAAAAACAUGAAGGCGGUGCCCGUGACGUAUGCGACACGCGUUUCUCGAGCUCCUGUGUGGGAGAACGCAGGGAAUGAAUUUCGCUUGCGGAGGCUAGACGGGGCAAGUGGAGAGAGCGUCUCGCUUGGCAGUGGAGCUCGCCUCCCGAAGUCAUGGGUUCGCGGCACUAUUUCUAUCUCGUCUAUGGAUGAGCCGAUUUGAAAAUUCUUUUUUUUUUUUUUUUUUGCGGCAGAACACUCCCUAGAGGCCACGUAACAAGUUUCAGCGUAUUUGCUAGUUUGUUAUGCGGCCUGGUGAGGGGCCCUUUCAGAGAUUAUGUGUGGUCCUCCGCAGCACCUACUACCACAGGUUGGCGGUGACGACCAGCGAGAGGCCCCCUUCCUACGUGUCCGCCUGCCUCUUCUGGCUUCGUGAGGCGUUACGCGCCGCGUUCCGGCGGGCCGCCAUCCCUCCGAGCACGGCGCCGCUGGGAGAGGAGUUGGAGUUGGAGCGUACGAUGCGUGCCGAACAGGUAUGCAGUGCUUCGUUCGAGCUCAGGUACCGUCCAGCUGAUAUCGGCGCUACGAAGCGGUUUACGGCACAAGCGAGCGCUUCAGCGACGUUUCGUGAACGCUACAGCUAUGAUUGAGGCAAGAGUGCGCGGCCGCUGCUCCUAUCGCAGCGCUCUCACCAGAGCGGAGUGCUUUAAAGAGUUCCCCGCUUCUUCCUGCCUCUUAUUUUCCUAUACGUCAUCUAAUAACAACCAUGCUUCCC